CAGCACGUGCUACUCAUGAGGCAGUAUAGUAUGAUAGUUGCGUGAGCCGACAUUUAUGAAUCUAUAAUCUUACGUCAAUAUUAAAAUAUGAAUGCUACUAAAAAAUUUGAUAAUCCAAAUCCACGAGCAUCUGCAAAUCCGAUUAGUAAAUUAUUUUUUGGUGGUUGGCAGGACUCUUCUGGUAUGGAAAAGACUAUAAUUUGGAAAUGAAAAAUAUCUACAAUGUUAUGCCAGCUGACAAAAGUGAAUAUUUGGGAAAUAAACUGGAAGAGAAUUGGAAGAAUGAAAUACACGCAGCUAAGAAAGAUAGUAGGAAGCCAAAAUUUUUCAUAGCUUUAAAGAAGACAUUCAUAUGGUCAUUUGUUCAUUAUGGAGGAUGGAUUUUAUUUUUAAGUUGUAUUUUGAGAGUCGUACAAACGUAUAUUCUGGGUCUGCUCAUUUGGCAUUUUGAUCCAAGAGCAACAUCUACUGAAAUGGAAGCAUAUCUUUAUGCAUCUGCUAUGAUCUUCCUUGGAAUAUUGGUAAUUUUAAUCACUCAUCAUUCAACUCUAGGCUUAAUGGAGAUUGGAAUGCGAGUGAGAAUAGCGUGUUCUUCUUUAAUAUAUAGGAAGAUAUUACGCUUAUCCAAUUUUUCCACUACCAGUUCAGGACAAAUUGUUAAUCUAUUAUCAAAUGAUAUGUCAAAAUUUGAACAAUUGUUUGUACCAUUGCAUUAUAUUUGGAUUCUGCCUAUACAAGGGUGUAUAAUUUCAUUUCUGAUAUGGCGAAGCGUCGGCAUCGCUUCAUUGGCUGGUGUAUUUCUCAUAAUAAUUCAAACUAUUCCUCUUCAAGGAUACAUAGGUAAAUGGAUCUCAAAGUUACGCUUAAAAAUCGCAAUAAGAACCGACGAGAGAGUACAUUUAAUGUCCGAAAUAAUCAAAGGUGUACAAGUUAUUAAAAUGUAUACUUGGGAAAAACCUUUUGAAGAAUUAGUUAAUCGUGCAAGAAAAUACGAAAUCGAUAUUCUUACGAUAAUAUCGUAUCUAAGAGGUUUCACUCUAGCCACAUUUGUUUUCACGGAAAGAACAACGUUGUAUUUUACAAUCAUGGCUUAUGUACUUUACGGACACUCUAUAUCUGCUGAUAAAGUAUUCUCAAUGGCACAGUACUUUAACAUUCUUCAACUUACCAUGGCAAUAUUGUAUCCUAUGGCUGUAGCGGCUGCUGCUGAAGCAACAGUUUCUGUAAAAAGAAUAGAGAACUUCCUAUUAUUGAACGAGAAUGUUCCAUUAACACAGUCUUUAUCAAUUACCAAAGAAACAAGCAUUUUAAUGAAAAACGUUAGUGCUUCAUGGACAACUACUGCAAUUGUAAAUACGUUACAUAACAUUAGUAUUCAAAUUAAAACCGGGAAACUUUAUACUGUUGUUGGUCCUGUAGGUGCAGGAAAGAGUUCUUUUCUGCAAGCGAUUUUAGGCGAAUUGAAAAUAUCGCAAGGCCAAGUGCACGUAGGUGGCCAAAUAUCGUAUGCUUGUCAAGAACCUUGGCUGUUUGCAGGCACAGUGCGAAAUAACAUUUUGUUUGGCCAAUCUUACAAUAAAGAUAAAUAUCAGAAUGUCAUAAAUGUAUGUGCUCUUAUCAAAGAUUUUGAACAACUUCCUUACGGCGAUAAGACCUUGGUUGGUGACAGAGGCACAAUACUCAGUGGCGGACAACGUGCAAGAAUUAAUUUAGCGAGAGCUGUCUACAGAGAUGCUGAUAUUUAUCUUUUAGAUGACCCUUUAUCGGCUGUUGACACUCAUGUAGGCAGACAUUUAUUUGACGAAUGUAUAAAUAAUUAUUUGAAAAACAAAACCAGAAUUCUUGUGACUCAUCAAUUGCAAUACUUGAAACAAUGCGACUACAUCAUCGUUCUCAAUAAUGGUCAAGUUGAAAACGAAGGCACAUUUAUAGACCUUCAAGAAAAACGUAUAAACUUUUUGGAAAUAUUAUCAAAAGAUGAAGAAACUAAGGAAAAGAGGAAGGAAUCAUUAACUGAUAUAAAUCCUGCACUUGACGUAACUCAAAAUCAUAAUGUUAACGAUGAAGAUACGGAAGAGAUUGAGCCUCAAGAAACUGAAGAACUUUUGGUCAAAGGAAAUUUAUCGAAAUCGCUUUAUUGGCAAUAUUUUCGUAGUGGUAGUACAAUUAUCAUGAUCGCCAGCUUUCUAUUUUGCCUGAUUUUGGGACAAAUUGGAAGUAAUGGCUGUGACUACUGGGUCGGUUAUUGGACAAGACAAGAAGAGAUACGUAUCAAGAAUCUACAGUACAAUUCAACGAAUAAUUUGACAAUGCGCUCUUCCAUAUUAAAAUCUAUUGAACAAGUAGAUAAUACAUCAGAAAUUAAUAAUGAAUUCAUUGAAUUUAUAACAUCCACGAGCAAUUAUAAGGAAAAUGUAUUCAAUAAUACUGCACAAAAUUUUUCUAUUAAUAAUAUCAAAAUUAUAAAUGAAGAUGCAUAUUAUCUUGAUACAGAUAUAGCUUUAUGGAUUUAUGGCUGUUUUAUCAUUAUCAGCGUUGUAGUGACAACGACGCGUAAUUUUAUCUUUUUUAAGAUAUGUAUGAAUGCUAGCAAGAAUUUGCAUAAUUUCAUGUUUUCUUGUUUACUUAAAGCGCCGAUGUCAUUUUUUGACAACAAUCCAUCUGGACGAAUUUUAAAUCGUUUUUCGAAGGACAUUGGCGCUAUAGAUGAAAUUUUGCCCCCUAUUAUGUUAUUAUCUAUUCAAAUGUUUGCAGUACUAAUCGGAAUUUUAGUGCAAAUACUUAUUAUCAAUUGGUGGAUCAUAUUCCCUAUAUUCAUUAUGAUUGUUUUAUACGAGAUGAUAAGAAGAAUCUAUAUUCCAAUAGCGCAAACUAUAAAACGAUUAGAAGGCAUUGCGAAAAGUCCCAUCUUCUCGCAUGUAAAUUCUACAUUGUCAGGUCUGACGACAAUACGGUCUACCGGUGCUCAGGAAAUGAUUCGCAAACAAUUCGACGAACAUCAAGAUUUACAUACUAGUACUUAUUCAUUAAUUAUUGCAACUGGAACAGUAUUCGGUUUUGCAUUAGACAUUGUAUCUAUCAGUUUUAUCGCCGUUGUUACGUAUAGUUUUGUUGCGUUGGAUGACGGAAAUACUUUCGCUGGAAAUGUCGGUUUAGCUCUCUCGCAAGUACUCAUUUUAUGCGGUAUGGUCCAACAUGGAAUGCGUCAAACCGCUGACACAAUUGCACAGAUGACGAGCGUAGAAAGAGUAUUACAAUUCACUGAGCUCGAAAAAGAAGGCCCUUUCGAGAGUAAUUCUACAGAUAAACCAUCGAGUAACUGGCCCUCUAAAGGAGAAAUUAAAUUCGAUCGUGUUUAUCUUCGAUACUCUGAAUCAGAGCCACCCGUCCUUAAAUCUCUAGAUUUCAUUAUUAAACCUGGCAUGAAAAUUGGAAUUGUGGGUCGUACUGGAGCCGGAAAAUCAUCUUUGAUCUACGCCUUAUUUCAUAUGGCAAAACUCAACGGCGCUAUCUACAUCGAUAACAUUAAUACGAAGAAGAUUGGUCUUCAUGAUUUAAGAAACAAAAUUUCCAUAAUACCACAAGAACCGGUGUUAUUCUCUGCCACGCUUCGAGAUAAUCUUGAUCCUUUUCACAAAUUUCAUGACGCCGAUCUAUGGAGUGCCUUAGAAGAAGUGAAAUUAAAACAUGUAGUGGAGUCCUUAGAUUAUCGCGUUGAGCAAGGCGGCAACAAUUUUAGUGUCGGACAACGACAAUUAAUUUGCUUGGCGCGUGCGAUUUUGCAGAAUAAUAAAAUACUUGUGCUCGAUGAAGCUACUGCUAAUGUAGAUCCUAUAACGGACACAUUCAUACAAAUCACAAUCCGAAAGAAGUUCGAAAAUUGCACAGUAUUGACAAUAGCGCAUAGGUUGAAUACAAUAAUGGAUAGUGAUAAAGUAUUGAUAAUGGAUCAAGGUCAAGUAUUAGAAUUUGAUCAUCCAUUCAUCUUGUUACAAAAUGAACAAGGACACUUCAGUAACAUGGUGCAAGAAACUGGUAAAGCAAUGACCGAACAGCUUAAGCAACAUGCCAAAGAGGCUUAUGAACGACAGCACAAACUAAUGUGAUAUUAAUAUUUUCUGAAGAUAUAUCUCAAUAUGUUAACAAAAGAACAAAUAUUUACUUAUCUCUUUUUUACUUAAUUUUAUUCGACAUUUUUAUUUUUUCAAACAAUAUUUGUAGCAGUUGAUUAGUACUCAUAUUUGUAGCAAUUGAUUAGUACUCAUUAGAUUUAGUACUUACUCGUUAGAUUUUUAUAUUUUUGUUAGUUACUUAUUUUUUAUAGAUAUUUAUAUAAUCUAGAAAUGAU